CACACACACACAUACACACACGGCAGCCGUGUGCAGGGUGUGGGGUAGAGGUAGAGCCAGAGAGAGUGCUGUAGAGGGAGACAGGCAGCAGUGUGUGUCAGGCAUACAGACAGCAUGGUUAGAGAGUGCAGGGCGGACCAGCCACGGCGCUCCAUGUAGCCCAGUGCAGAGCAGGCUAGAGGGGGGGAGUGCGAGGUGCCAGCAGGACGUAUCUCACUCACUACCAAACUACCAGCCAGAAGUCGUCUCCAGUGGGGUCACUGUUUUUUUCGUCAGGUGUGGACCUCCAGGCAGCAACUUCAAAGAGGGAAAACAUUCCAAAACAGUUUUGCGUGGCUGCCCUUCACUGUUACUUGUUGACUUUUCUUGAGGACCCUUUUUUGUGUAUUCAGUGUUAUUGUCUGGACUGGGUCUUGACAGGGCUGGGUCUUGACAGGGCUGGGUCUUGACAGGGCUGGGUGGACGCUCCGAGGGACCGCAUGCAUGACACAACGCAAAGGCGAGAAGACCACCAUCAGCAUCCAGGAGCACAUGGCCAUUGACGUGUGCCCUGGCCCCAUCCAGCCCAUCAAGCAGAUCUCUGACUAUUUCCCCCGCUACCCGCGGGGUCUGCCCCCCACAGCACCUGCAGUCCUCAGCCGGGCCGGCUCGCUGCGCUCCUCUGCGGCCAGACACAACUCUGGAGAUGACCCGGCCCACGCUGACGACGACAACCCAGACCGGGCCUUUGGCGGUGCCGCUGCCCCGUCACCCGCGACGACUGGCAAGAAGGAGGAGGAGCCGGACGUGGAGGGCUAUGACUCAGACGACUCGACCACGUUGGGGACCCUGGACUUCAGUCUACUUUAUGACCAGGAGAAUAAUGCUCUGCACUGUACCAUCAACAAAGCGAAGCUUCCCAUACCCAAGUACAAGAAGGGGCUUAAACCCAUGGACCACAACGGGCUCUCGGAUCCAUACGUCAAACUACACCUGCUGCCUGGGGCCAGUAAGGCCAAUAAGCUACGCACCAAGACCCUGCGCAACACCCUCAACCCUGUCUGGAGUGAGACCCUGACCUACUAUGGCAUUACAGAUGAGGAUAUGGUCCGCAAAACACUCAGGAUUUCAGUGUGUGAUGAGGACAAGUUUCGCCACAACGAAUUUAUCGGAGAGACGCGCAUCCCACUCAAGAAACUCAAGCCCAACCAGACGAAGAACUUCUACAACUGCCUGGAGAAACAGCUACCUAUCGACAAAACAGAUGACAAGUCCCUGGAGGAGCGAGGACGUAUUAUGAUCUCCCUCAAGUACAGCUCCCAAAAGUCUGGCCUGGUUGUGGGAAUUGUCCGUUGUGCUCACCUUGCCGCCAUGGACGCCAAUGGUUUUUCAGACCCCUAUGUCAAAACGUACCUGAAGCCUGACGAAAACAAAAAGUCAAAGCACAAGACUGCUGUGAAGAAAAAGACCCUCAACCCAGAGUUUAAUGAGGAGUUCUUCUAUGAAAUCAAAUACGCUGAUCUCAGCAAGAAGACCCUGGAGGUGACAGUGUGGGAUUAUGACAUUGGCAAGUCCAACGACUUCAUAGGUGGCGUGUCCCUGGGCAUCAGUGCCAACGGGGAGAGGCUCAAACACUGGUUUGACUGUCUCAAAAACAAGGACAAGAAAAUUGAGCGCUGGCAUACCCUGACUAACGAACUUCCUGGUACAACAUUCAACGACUAAUGUCCCCUCACCACUACCUAUUAUUUUGCCAGGCUCUUCCCAUCCCUACAUCCUGUCGACAAGAGUUGAGCCUCGACCGACCAAUAUACACUACAGCGUCCCCUUUUCUGGAGAUAUUUACCAAAUCACAGUUGUUGUUUUCUGGAUUUGUUCUCCCAAAAUGUUACGCUCACCCCUUAUCUCCCAUCCCCUUCUGGUAAUAGACUGAAUCAGUCAACUCGUCAUUGUCCCCAUAAAGCCUGGUGGCAAAAUGUGAUACUGGUUCGUUUGGCUUUCCACUGUUCAUUUAUUCCACAAGGAAUUUCAAAAUUGCUUCAAAUAAGGCCUGCGUUUUGUUUAGGUUUACCUACGGCUAGGCUUUUGACAACCAUGUGAAUCUCAUCAGGAAAAGGUGACAUUUGUCAACAUAUUUGCUUCAGUAACCACUAUCCAAAAAGAAACAUCUGUGCUUAUAUAUAGCCGAUGUUGAUAAAAGUAACUUGUCCUAUAGACACGAUUAUGAAAACGGCGAGGUGGUGUAAGCCUUCACAAAACACCAACCUUAUUUAAUGUAGACCUGAUGAUUCCCUGUGGAAGAAAUGAUUGGUGUAAAAACCUGAAAGAGACGCUCCAGUUGUGCCGUAAAGUUUUAAGGGGAUUAUGACUCAUACUAUUUCAGUCUGUGUUCUGUGUCUUGAGGGCUUAUCUCAUAAUACUGCACCUACAGCUAUGUUGAAAAAAAGCAUGUGAUGUGCGUUCAACAAUAUCACAUGUGUGCAAACAAUGGCAAACACAAUGUUUGCUGCCCAGAACUUGACAUUUUAGGUCAGACAUGCACAUUCAAUAUGUUUACUGGCACCGGUUUCCCAGAGGGAGCAUGUGCUUUUGUUCAAAUUGCAGGAGAUAGGUGUGGAUUAUUUAAUUCCAACACUCAGCUCUAAAAAGCAUUUAUUGUUUACAACACAACUCUGCUGUUACUCUGAAGUCAAUGUUUGCUAGCAAAAGUGGGCAAAAGACACAAUGUGUUUUAAAGACAGCCUUCUGUCAGACCAUUGCAAAUGCCUAAUUCUGUGAUGAAGGGUUUGGGCUAGGAGAAAGGAGCGGGCCAGCAUUUUAACAUACUAGCUCAAAGUAUCUCGUUGCUUGUGCAUUUCAGUUGUAGUGUAAAAUAUGCGCCACACCAGUCAAUGUGUAAGAUGAAUGUAGACUAUAACCCUUCUAUCCCACAGUAUAGUAACUCCUUGGAGAAUGUGCACCCAAGUGCUGUGUGCUAUUGAACCAGUUCAAACAUUAAACUCAAAGUCUGAUAAGAUCAGAGAGAGGCUUUGGGUCAUGGGGGAAAAGAUAACCAUUCAGCCGAAUGGCAACUGUCAAAGAUAUUGCCUGAGGCAGGAUAUUACCACAGAUCUAUAUUUUUACAUUUCCACAUUAGCUGUUUAAUAAUUAAUGACAUGAGGGCUGUCACGGAACAACUAAUUCGUCGAUAAUGUCCUGGCAUGUAAGAUUUGAAAUUGUUUAGUCCCAGAACCCUGUGUAAUCAAAGAGAAGACAAUAUUUCUCAAACCUCACGUCACAUUUUGAAAAUUAAAGCGUAUUUUGAUAUAUGAAAUAUGAAAUGUAUCAGUUCACGUGCACCUGUUGUCUAAGAAAUGGCAGGGCAAAAGAAAAAUGUUUGUGCUGUAUGUGUUUCUGUGAAAUUGACAGAUAAAUUGUCCUUUUAAUUGUGAAAUAUUUAUCAUGCCAAUUCUUAGUCAACAGAUAAUCAUUUUAAUAUGUACUACUACUUUUUUAUUUUAUUGUGCAGGUUAUUAGUGUUCACACUUCAACUAUAUGUCUAUCCAUAACAGCUCACAACUAUUACAAACUGGGUAGUUUUCUUCCUGUAUGCUCAUUGGCUGUAAAAAGCACUUCAGCCGUGUGUAUAUUAGACAAUGUACUAUGGGUAUGGUAAACAAAUACUUGUUUGCUUUACUAUGUUGGUAACCAGUUCAUAAUUGCAAUAAGGCACCUCUGGGCUUUAAGGUUUUUGGCCAACAUAACACUGCUAAGGGCUUUCUCUAGGCACUCAGCUUUUCAUCAUGUGAAAUAAUUAUUGACGGCCAAUUGUACCCACAUGGGCCUUAUUGCUUAAUUUCUAUAACGAACAGUACAUGAGGUAAGAAUUUAUUUUGAGAGUCCCAAAAGCGUUUCUGUAGAUGCUCUACAUAUUAUGUACUGUCAGUAACAUUUAAAUGAUCUACUAAACCUUACCCUAAACCUUAUUCUAAUCUUUAUCCUAAACCUUUCCCGACCAAGCAGGGCCAGCACCAAGCAUAAGCAACAUAAGCGGUCGCCUAGGGCCCCCAACCACUAAGGGGGCAUCAAUUGCUAGGGAGCCCAUGACUGAUAGGGGAGAGGGGGCCCCAAAUAAAAUGUUGGUUAGGGCCCUCAAAAAGCUAGAGCUACCACUGUUACCAAGCACUUGCUUAUCAACAGAUAGUUUAUUGAAACCUUGUUGAUAUUAUUACUAUAUACAGAACUUUUACAGAUUGAAAUUGGGACUUUCAAAAUAAAGGGUAACUGUACAUCAUUGUAAGUUGUUUAAUUGUGAUUUAGAAUCUAUUUAACCCAUAGUGUUAUUUUCUCCAGCCUUUGUCUUUAAACGUCCCAUUCUAUCUUUAAACAGUAGUAACUUAAUUUCAGGAAGAUCUCCUAUGGGAAUUUUCCAAAUUCAUUGGCCAGCCACGGUGAACUUAAUGUUCAAAUUCACAAAAAAACUAUUUUACCUUUCUAGGUGAGUGCUAGUCACUCUGGUCUGGUGUGGACAGUGAUAUAUGAAAUGCAAACUCUUAUUAGCUACAUGUCCAUUAUCCUCCCCCUACUAAUGACAAGUUGUUUUGGGCACCAAGUUCCAAUUUAGUCACUUUGUCAAUCCUAUAGUGGUCAGGCAGUCAACAAAUUGGCCUCUUGAAUGCAUAUACAGCUCGCAACAAGCAACCUGUGACAUUUUGUAAUCUGUUUGCCUUUGUACUCAAAUCUGGAUAUUAUUACAGCAAUGCAUGCAGAUGUUCUUGGUUUGACAUGAAAUGACUUUGCUAAAUGUUUGAUACUGCUGUUUUAUUUCUGUGAACACAACUGUGGAUGCUACAAGAAUGUUAAUCUUUCUUCUGGACAAUGUUUUGUACCUCUGAACACAUUGCCUGUCGGCUGCUGUGUUGACCAUCUGGGGAUGUGAUUGCAUGUGAAGAAAAUGUCACCCUCUGUGUUUUGUUCCUUUUUUUAACACUCAGGCAAUUGUUUGCAUAAAUCUGCUGUUUCUCUGGUUAAAAAAUCUGAAUAUUGUCUCCGAUUUCACCUUACUCUUGCACCGAAUGGCCGAAUGAUCGUGCCUUUUCUUUUGUAAGUGUAUUUUUGCACCGCUCACUUUACAAAGACUAGAUCAAUAUUAGCUUUUAAUAUGGAAUAAUACAUGGCACAUUUAUAUUCCUGUGUGUGUUUUAGUGUCCGAACACUGUUUCACUCUUUAAAUAUUUCCUUCCCACAUGACGAGGCCAGGGUGUCAUUCCACUAUGUGACGGUGGUGUCAUUGAAGGCAGGGGUGCAAGGCUGAGGUGGAAGCAUAGACUAUGUAUGUUCUGGAUGCGUCUGUGUGCGGAAGCGAUCUCAGUGACAAAGCCUCUCAGAGUAUGAGUGUUGAUCUAGGAUCCGUUUUGCCCCUUUAAAUCUUAAUAGAUAGGAUGAUAUGGACAGGGGUCCCGAGAUCGUUUGUCAGCAUUUGUGAAUCCUGAUUUCUGAAAAUAAUACAUAUACCAUGGAAAUAACAAGGAUGUCAAAGUGGAAGGCACACCGAUAGGGGGGAUGUUUAGGUCUUUUUUUUACAGUAAUCGGAAUGUGGCCAACAUCUGAUGGAAAGGCUAUGCAUUUAAAUUAGUCUGAGGUUAUGAUCUUGGUCAGGUGAUUUUGUACAGAUAAUUACAUUUGUGGAGUUGCAAAACCUACCACAUAACCUUGCUUUUUUAAAACCUUAAUUAUGAUAGGGUUACAAAUAUUGACCAUACUCACUAAGUGUACACCAUGUUAAUUAGAUUAUCCAGUUAUGUACAUUUUCGAAUCCAGGAAAAUGUUGCUCUAACAGUAUCCAGCACUGUCUUCUUUAUCUUACAAUCCUGUUUCCAAAAAAGUUGGGAUGCUGUGUUAAAUGGAAAUAAAAACAGAAUGCAAAGAUGUGCAAAUAAUUUAAACCUUAUAUUCAAUAGAAAAUAGGACAAAGACAACAUAUCAGAUGUUGAAACUGAAACAUUUGAUUGUUCCUUGAAAAAUAAAUGCCCACUUUGAUUUUGAUGCCAGCAAGCUGGAACAGUGGCACCAAAAGAGUGGAAACAUAAUACAAACAAAACAUCUCACAACUUAUUAGGUUAAUUGGCCACAGGUCAUUAACAUGAUUGGGUAUAAAAAGUGCAUCCCAGAGAUUAUGAGUCUGUCAGAAGUAAAGAUGGGGAGGGGUUCACCACCCUGUGAAAGACUGCGUGUGCAAAUAGUGCAACAAUUAAAAAUAACAUUUCUCUGAGUAAAAUUGCAGAGUUUGGGGAUCUCAAUCUACGGUAAAUUAUAUCAUUGGUAGUGUAUCAUUAGUAUUCUGUAGUAGAAUACACUGCUUGGGCUCAUAAACACUUCAGAAAACCAUUGUCUAUGAACACAUUUUGUCGCUGCAUCCACAAAUGCAAGUUAAAACUACCAUGCAAAGAAGAAACCAGAUAUGAAAAGGAUCCAGAAACACCAACAUGUUCUCUGGGCCCGUUCUCAUGUAAGAUGGACUGAGGUGAAGUGGAAAACAGUUAGUGGUUUGACAAAUCAAAAUUUGAAAUUAUUUUUGGGAAUCAUGGAUGCAGCAUCCUUCAGGUUAAAAAGGAGAGGGUUUGUUAUCAGCACACAAUGCCAAAUUACAUUCUGCAUGUAUUACAACAGCAUGGCUCCGUAGUAAAAGAGGCCGGGUGCUAAACUGCCCUUCCUGCAGUCCAGACCUGUCAACCUUGAAAACAUUUGGCGCAUUAUGAAAGGAAAAAUUUGACCAAGGAGACCUUGAACUGUUGAGCAGUUACAUUACUUAAUUACUUGCUGUAGAAAGUAAGGCGUUAAGUUACUUAUGUAGCGUUUCUAUUGUUGUCAAACUGGUGUUUUACCCUCAAGUCCAGAUUUUUUUCUGUUUCCACUUAAAUGGGCCAGGGCCAGUCGGCCACUAGGCCAUGGCCGAGUAGCCCAGCACUCACUUGGUGCCAAGCCCCGGUCGCAGGUUUUUUGAGGAAGAAAUUAGUUUUAUUACUUAAGUUCAAACGCCAUAUUG